GAAGCAAAAGCAGAAGCAGAAGCAGAAGCAGAGCCUGGAGCUCCUCAGUGUUCUACCUCGGCUAGCACACUGCAUUCCUCGUGCUCCUUGCGGCCGUCGGCCCCGCGAUCCACCAAUCACGCCGGCAACCACCACCGCUGCACCAAAACUGCUUCGUUAUUUUUGCGCCCAGCAACGUCAAAGUCCUCGGCCUCUGCUGGCUCCCACGUCCUCGGUUUCCGUUGUCGCUCUCUCUCUUGCCCUGCCCGCGCGACCAGGAAUUUUAGCAGCAGCAGCAUCAACAUCAGUCAUUGCCCAGGAACUGCAGAAGUCCCACACCCCCUAGGAGUAGGAGCCAUGGCGGCCAUCAAGAUUGACGGAACGGCCAUUGCCAAAAGGAUUCGCGAGCGCCUGCGCAACGAAAUCGCACAAAAGAAGGAGGCCAACCCCCGCUACCAGCCCUCUCUCAAGAUCAUCCAAGUUGGUGAUCGAUCAGAUUCAUCCACCUAUGUGCGCAUGAAGCUCAAGGCCGCCGAGGAGUGCGGAAUUCACUGCGAGCUUGUCAGCUACCCCGAGACUGCCACCGAGGCGGAGCUGGUUGCUCGCGUGCACCAGCUAAACAACGACCCCGCAGUCCACGGAAUCCUGGUCCAGCUGCCACUCCCUAGCCACGUCUCCGAGUAUGCCGUCACUUCGGUCGUAGCUAAUGAGAAGGAUGUCGACGGUUUCGGCACAGCCAACAUUGGCGAGCUCGCCAAGCGCGGCGGCCGCCCCUUCUUUAUCCCAUGCACCCCCAAAGGCGUCAUGGUCCUCCUUGCCGAAGCCGGUGUCGACCUCGCCGGCAAGAACGCCGUGGUUGUCGGCCGCAGCGAUAUCGUUGGCAGCCCUGUCAGCUACCUCCUGAAGAACGCCGACGCCACAGUGACGGUCUGUCACUCCAAGACCGUGGAUCUCGAACACCACCUCAAAAAUGCCGACGUGCUCGUCGUUGCCAUUGGCCGGCCUGAGUUCAUCCGUGGCGAGUCGCUCAAGAAGGGCGUCGUCAUCAUAGACGUGGGCACAAACUAUCUGCCCGACGCUACUAAGAAGUCGGGCCAGCGCCUGGUUGGAGACGUGGAUUUUGAGUCAGCUUCGCAGGUUGCCUCCUUCAUCACCCCUGUCCCGGGUGGCGUAGGCCCUAUGACGGUUGCCAUGCUUCUGCAGAACGUGUUUGAUGCUGCCACGCGAUCGUUUGAGGCCGAGAGGCACCGACACAUAGCCCCCCUGUCUCUGACCCUAUUAGAUCCCGUUCCCUCCGAUAUUGCUAUCUCCAGGGCCCAGGUCCCCAAGCACAUCUCUCAAGUCGCCGCUGAGAUCGGCAUCACACCCUCGGAACUGGAGCCCUAUGGCGCAUACAAAGCCAAAGUUGACUUGAGCAUCCUCAAACGCCUAGGCCACCGCCGUGACGGCCGCUAUGUCGUCGUGACUGGCAUCACCCCGACCCCCUUGGGUGAGGGCAAGUCGACUACCACGAUGGGCCUCGCCCAGGCAUUGGGGGCUCAUCUUGACCGCCUCACAUUUGCCAACGUCCGGCAGCCCAGUCAAGGGCCCACUUUCGGCAUCAAAGGUGGCGCUGCCGGUGGUGGCUACAGCCAGGUCAUCCCUAUGGAUGAGUUUAACCUCCAUCUAACAGGAGACAUCCAUGCUAUAACGGCUGCUAAUAACCUGCUCGCUGCUGCUAUUGAUACCCGCAUGUUCCACGAGAACACCCAGAGGGAUGCCGCCCUCUACAGACGCCUGGUCCCGGUCAAGAACGGGAAGAAGGUAUUCAUGCCCGCUAUGUUGCGCCGGCUGAAGAAGCUUGGGAUUGAUAAGACAAACCCCAAUGAGCUCACCGAGGACGAGAUCAGCCGCUUCGCGCGGCUUGAUAUAGACCCUGAAACCAUUACAUGGAAACGUGUGCUGGACGUGAACGAUCGGCAUUUGCGUGGCAUCGUUGUCGGUAACGCCACUACGGAGAAGGGACACAGCCGCGAGACCGGUUUUGAUAUUUCGGUAGCCAGCGAGUGCAUGGCUAUCCUGGCGCUCAGUACGAGCUUGGCAGACAUGCGGGACCGCCUUGGGAGGAUGGUAGUUGCCAGCUCCAAGGCUGGCGACCCCAUAACCUGCGACGACAUUGGUGCUGGUGGCGCCUUGACCGCUCUGAUGAGAGAUGCCAGCAAACCCAAUCUGAUGCAGAGCUUGGAGGGCACUCCCGUCUUUGUCCAUGCGGGGCCGUUUGCAAACAUCAGCAUCGGGAACAGCGCCAUCCUUGCCGAUAAGAUGGCGCUCAAGCUUGCCGGGACUGAGUCGGAUGAGGACUACGCAACCAAGGCUGGCUUCGUCGUGACCGAGGCUGGCUUCGAUUUUACCAUGGGCGGCGAGCGGUUCUUCAACAUCAAGUGCCGAACAUCAGGCCUCGUCCCUGACGUCGUUGUGGUUGUGGCGACGGUUCGCGCUCUAAAGGUUCACGGCGGCGGCCCGCCCAUCUCGCCCGGUGCGGCUCUUGAUCCAGUCUACAAGCAGGAAAAUGUCGAGAUAUUGCGCAAAGGCUGUGUCAACCUAGCCAAGCACGUUGCCAACGCACGAUCAUAUGGCGUCCCCGUCGUUGUUGCCAUCAAUAAAUUCUCGACAGACACGCCUGCUGAAAUCGAGGUUAUCCGCAAGGAGGCCAUCAAGGCCGGCGCCGAAGAUGCCAUCUUGGCCAACCACUGGGCCGAGGGCGGCAGGGGUGCCGUUGACUUGGCCAAGGGUGUCGUGGCGGCGGCUGAUAAGCCUAAGGAUUUCAAGUUUCUCUACAGCCUCGAUGGUACGGUGCAGGAGCGCAUCGAGAAGAUCGCUCGCGACAUGUACGGUGCUGCCGAGGUCGAGUUCAGCAAACUCGCGCAGAAAAAGGUCGAUACAUACACGCGCCAGGGCUUUGGGAAUCUGCCAAUCUGCAUCGCCAAGACGCAGUACUCGCUAAGCCACGACCCAAACCUCAAGGGCGCCCCUACUGGCUUUACUGUUCCUAUCAGAGACGUGCGGAUGGCAGCAGGCGCAGGCUAUCUCUAUGCCCUGGCGGCAGAUAUUCAGACGAUUCCAGGUCUUCCCACUGCCCCUGGUUACAUGAACGUAGAUGUCGAUGUUGAGACGGGAGAAAUAGAGGGCUUAUUUUAGACACUGAAUUGGUUUAGGGAGUGUCCUUCUGCUAGUCUCUCUUCCCACCGCUCUCUCUCGCAUGGCAUAUUCCUCCUUAGCCCGGAGGAAAACUUUGUUUUUAUACGUACUUCUUUCGUCAUCUUAGCAUUGUUAUCAGGAGCGGGAGCGGCAUUGCAUUUAUGAUCAACUCAAAAGUGCGGAAAGGGCAAAGAAGGGGCAGGUUUCGGGAUUCCAUGCUUUAACACAUGGCGCUAGCAUACAGGAUAGAAAUCACCUCAGUUAUUAGAUCACGGAAAUAGGUUCCAGCCAUGAGCCAUGAGCCAUGUAUGUGGCAGGAAGCUAAAUAGAUAUUGAAAGCAACCAAUGGUCCAUUCACAUUAGUAUCUCGACCGUCAUCAUAUAGUUUUGUUUCUAUGCUCUAAGGCAUUCGAUUG